CUUGUGGCUGUGUCGUGCGCGUGAGCCCCGUAGGGCCGGGGAGGCACCAGCUGCCGCGCGGGGAGGAGGCCGAGGCCGCAGCUUGAGGGAGGCCCCGGCCCCUCUGCGCCUGUGUCUGGCAGAGCCGGUGUGAGACGAAGAGACAAUCCUUCCCUGCCGCCCGGAUAAUCAAGAGUUUUGGCCGGACCUUUGAGCACACACCGAGAGAGUGAGGAGCCAGACGAAAAGCACAGACUAUGGCGCUGAAACGGAUUAAUAAGGAACUUAGUGAUUUGGCCCGUGACCCUCCAGCACAAUGUUCUGCAGGUCCAGUUGGGGAUGAUAUGUUUCAUUGGCAAGCCACAAUUAUGGGACCUAAUGACAGCCCAUACCAAGGCGGUGUAUUCUUUUUGACAAUUCAUUUUCCUACAGACUACCCCUUCAAACCACCUAAGGUUGCAUUUACAACAAGAAUUUAUCAUCCAAAUAUUAACAGUAAUGGCAGCAUUUGUCUCGAUAUUCUAAGAUCACAGUGGUCUCCUGCUUUAACUAUUUCUAAAGUUCUUUUAUCCAUUUGUUCACUGCUAUGUGAUCCAAACCCAGAUGACCCCCUAGUGCCAGAGAUUGCACGGAUCUAUAAAACAGACAGAGAUAAGUACAACAGAAUAUCUCGGGAAUGGACUCAGAAGUAUGCCAUGUGAUGCUACCUUAAAGUCAGAAUAACCUGCAUUAUAGCUGGAAUAAACUUUAAAUUACUGUU